AUGGCCGCAAUCAAGAAUGGUCGCUGUCGCAAGGGCAUUGAGACGCGCUGCUCAAUGAUUGCCGGGAUCCAAUUCCAUGGCUCCGAGCCUCACCACCGGGUUGGGAGGACACACGCCCACGAAGACGGGAACGGCCACGUGAACUUCCGAGCCAGAUGUACGACUUUACGAGAAGCGACUGGAAUGCAAUACAAGGCCCCGAAAGGCAAGACUGGCGAAGACAAGACUAGCGAGAGCAAGAGGGAUAGCAGGAAGCUGCUGGACCGCGAGCCAUUGAAAUGGCGGAUAAACGAGGCUACGUAA